ACAAUCAUGUGACUAUUUAUUUGACAGACAAACAGAUUCUUCCAAAUUUUGAACUAUGGCAUAGGCACUGUCAAUACAAGGAAAUUAAAAACGUGAAAACUUCAAUUUCAUAAUCAAAAAUGCCUGAACAAAUCACAGAAACAGGAGCAACCUACUCCAGAGUGGUUGGAUUGAUAUACAUAUUUAAUCUAAUUGUUGGAACUGGUGCCCUUACUAUGCCAAAUGCCUUCUCUACUUCUGGAUGGUUACUUAGCCUAAUUACUGUGAUUUUAUUGGCUAUAAUCAGUUAUUUGACAGUUACUUUUGUUACAGAAACAAUGGCUAUAGCUAAUGCUAAGAUCAAGAUUGGACAGAGGAUAGCGGUAAAUAUGGUCAAUGAAUCUUAUGAAGAUGAAACAUCAGAGAAAGAACCACUGCUAGGAAAUUCAUCCACAGAAAUAUUCAACAAUUCAGUUAGUGAUUUUGAGAUUACAGAACGAGUUGAACUGGGUCAAAUGGCAGCUUUAUUCUUCAACCGAGUUGGUAUAUUUCUAUUUUAUCUAUGUAUGGUGCUGUAUUUAUAUGGAGAUCUGGCUAUUUAUGCUGCUGCAGUUCCCAAAUCUCUCAGGGAUGUUAUAUGUACAUACAAGAAACCACAAAAUGAAUCAUGUAAUAAUACAUUAGAAGAAAAGGAUGGAUGUUGGCAUCAUCAUGGUACUUCCAGACUACAAGCUUACAGAGUCAUGGUGGCUGUGUUUAUAGUGUGCUUAGGACCAUUCACCUUCUUUAAUGUACAGAAAACAAAAUACUUACAGAUAUUUACUACCAUUACUAGGUGGCUAGCUUUCAUACUUAUGAUUGUCCUAGCAGCCAUCAGAUUAGAGAAAGGUCAAGGCACGGGUCAUCCAGUUGUUGCAGACUUUUCUGGGAUACCAAAUCUAUUUGGUGUGUGUAUUUACUCAUUCAUGUGUCAUCAUUCGCUUCCAUCUUUAAUUACACCAAUCAGAAACAAGCAAGGAUUAUACGGGUUAAUAUUUAGCGAUUUUACCCUCAUAUUAGGGUUUUAUGCACUUAUAUCAUUUACAGGAAUAUAUUCUUUCAAUCAUUUAAAGGACCUGUAUACUUUGAAUUUUCUACCAGAUGACUGUGACCCUUCAAGGUCAGUGACAAAUGUUAAAUUCUUUGAGUACUUUCUGGCAUUAUUUCCAGUUUUCACUCUCAGCACAAAUUUUCCGAUUAUUUCUGUAACCUUGAGGAACAACCUAAAAACAAUGUUUUACAAUGAGGAGAGACCAUAUUCUUGGUUUGUGGACAAAAUCGUCUUCCCAGUAGCGGCUAUUACACCUCCAGUCAUAGUUGCAAUAAUUACCAACGAGGUGGAGUUUUUAGUCGGCAUAACAGGAUCUUAUGCUGGAGCAGGAAUCCAGUAUGUUAUUCCUGCAAUUCUUGUAUACUGUGCAAGAAAAGAAGUGACUAAUUUUUCACCAGGACAUGUUAACCCCCUAAAGUCACCCUUUAAACAUGUAGCCUGGGUUAUAUUUGUACUUAUAUGGGCAUGUAUAUGUAUCAUAUUUGUAACGGUAAAUCAUAUAAUUAACAAAAAAUGAUCAAUAUUAGUGACUAGUGAAUUUUAAUAUAUUCUGAGAUUACACUUUUGUUUUUUUUUCACUUGUUAAUUCAUUUUUUUAAGGAGUAUUUCAUAAGACAUUAAUUUUCAAAUAUAUGGAAUACAUUAGUCUUUACACAAUGAAGCUUUUUUUUUUAUGUAUUAUCAUAAAAUGCUAAGAUUACUUCCUUUUGAAAAAUAUCUUAGCACUGAAUGCAUGGUUUGUUAUUUUAUUCUUUGAAAGUUAAAAAGAAUCUGACAAUUUUUAGCUUGACAAAAUUUCUAAAAUUUGGAAAUAAAAAAAAUAUUAAAAGAUUUAAAUUAUAUUAUGUCCAUUAUAAAUGCAUGUAGAUUUUUCAAUGCAACAUGUUUAUAGACCAGUUAAAAAGAUUAUAAUUGCAGACAUCAUCUCAAAUACAUUUCUACACUGCCACGUCCUAAUUUGAAAUUGCAGACAUUAACUUUCAUACAUUUCUAAACUGCCACAUUGUAUUCUAAACUUCAGGUAGAUUAUGUUCUAAAUCAAAAUCACUAUGAUUUUAAAAAAGUUUGCCAAAAUUUAGUUCAUAUUAUGUUUUAUAUUUCUAUAUAUUAUAAUUUAAUUAUAGAUGUUGCUUUACAUGAUAAUGUAGCAAUUUAAAUGUGCUAUAGCUCAAUUGUGCUUAUUUGAUAAACGUCUUUAUCUUAUCUUAUCUUUAUUAUGCUUUUUCCAAAAUACUACAAAAAGCAAGGAUCAUGGAACUUUUUUUAAUCUUUUAGUUGGGCAAUAUUGUCACAUUUUGUAUAGAUUAUUCAUGAAAUAUAAAAUAAUUGUGUAUGUUAUAGAAAUGAUGGAUAGCUCUUAUCAUAAUGUACUUUCAGAAAGAAAAAAAUGAAGUCACAAAGUUAAAACCAAAGAUUAAACACAAAAAAGGCUUCAUUGAGAUAAACUACAUUUCUCUCACAAGAUUUGCAUAUAUUCAUUAAAUUAGAUCACAAAAUUUGCAUAUUUCAUAAAGCAUAGAGAACAAAAUUUGCAUAUUUCAUUAAACAAAGAGAACAAAAUUUGCAUAUUUCAUUAAACAAAGAGAACAAAAUUUGCAUAUUUCAUUAAACAAAGAGAACAAAAUUUGCAUAUUUCAUUAAAUAUUAAACAUAGAGAACCAUUGUGAUCUGCUAUUUUACAAUUCAAAAACUAUAGAGAUGCCAAUUGUACCUUAAUUUUAAACAUAAGUGCAAUACAGUGUCUGUACAUGUGCUGACAAAGAGGCAUUAGUUUUCUUUUGUUUUUGUUGAAGUAUAUAAAAAUAUGGAGAUGUUGUAUGAUUGAUAAUAAGACAACUAUCCACCAUUAUUAUUAUU